AUGGCCUCCACUGUUCUUGGGAAGAGGACCCGCAGCUCUGCUACUGCAGACGCAAAAGAUGCUGUCUCCACGCGAUCAAAACGACGUGGACAGUUUGUCAUUCUCGACGAAGCAGAGAUUGAGAACCCUUUCGUCACGCCCAAGAGAAAGAAUGUGCGCAACGUCGAUGCGAUGGAGGUGGACGAGGUCGAGGAGAAGACGUCUGCAAAGCGUGGAAAGAACGCUGGCACAACUCCUGCAAAACACGGCGCACCUGGAUCACGACUUCCUCUUUCGACAGCAACAGAGAACUCACCGGCAAAAGCGCAUGUCGCAGAUCCCGAGAAGCCGUUCCGGACACCCUCGACACCACGGCACCGAGACGCGCUUGCCGGAAAGGUCGCGGUUACGCCAAGACACAGACUCAUUGUCGCUGGACGACCAUUAACACCACGCACACCACACACACCGGGAACUCCUCGACACUCUGCGCCUACCAUCUACAAUGAAGCGCGACAAGUCUUUGCGCGCGGCUCAGCACCAACGGCACUAUACGGACGCGAGCAAGAGCGCAAAGAGCUCGAGAGCUUCAUCUCAACGCGGUCAAAGGGCAAGAAGUCGGGAUGCAUAUACGUCUCAGGACCACCCGGCACCGGAAAGAGCGCUUUUGUCAACGAAGUCUGCACUUCCGUAUCAUCAGAAGGAUCCACAAAGACUGGUUACAUCAACUGUAUGAGCAUCAAGAACGCGACAGACCUCUACAGGACACUUUUGGAGGAGUUUGUCGACAUCACUGGGGUUGUUGAGGGCGACGAGAUGGACGCGCUACACGAACUUUUCCAGCAACGAAAGACGUCAUAUGUCGUUACAUUGGACGAAGUGGACCAUCUCUUGGAACUGGACAUCGAUCUGUUAUACAACAUCUUCGACUGGUCAAUGCAAAAGUCGUCCGGCCUUGUUCUUGUCGGCAUUGCGAACGCUCUCGACUUCACUGAUCGAUUCCUUCCUAGGCUCAAGGCCCGCGGUCUGAAGCCACACCUACUUCCAUUCCUCCCAUACUCUGCCGCGCAGAUCUCUUCAGUCAUCACAUCAAAGCUCAAGGCUUUACUUCCGGCAGGAUCGGACCAACUUCCAUUCAUCCACCCCACGGCCAUCAUGUUCCUUUCCAAGAAGGUUGCGUCACAAUCAGGCGACCUGCGCAAGGCAUUCGACAUCUGCCGUCGAGCCAUCGAUCUUAUCGAGGCCGACACCCGCGACCAGCAUGCGAAGAAGGCGACUGAGAUCACACCAUCACCAACCCCGUCGCCCACAAAGACACCCCUUGUGGACAACAUCAAUCUCUCGUCGCCAGUCGUCCGAUCACCGUCAAAGCUCAACGCGCAAAAGGUGCUUUCCAACUCGCUCGCCCAGCUUACAGUCGCAACGGCCCCACGAGCGACGAUUGCGCAUGUUGCGAAGAUUACUGCUACGGUGUUCAGCAACGGCACCUCGCAACGUCUCCGAAACCUCAACCUCCAACAAAAGGCAGUCCUCUGCUCCCUUGCAGCUAUCGAGAAGAAGAAGCGCGCUUCAGCCGGAGAGAGCGUUCUCGCGACACCAUCAAAAUCACACAACACUGCACCCACCAUCAAGGAGCUCUUCGAAGCAUACACCGCACUCUGCAAGCGCGAGAACAUACUUCAUCCCCUCACAAGCACCGAGUUCCGCGACAUUGUUGAGAGUCUCGAGACAUUGUCGCUCGUUUCCGCGGUCGAGGGCAAGUCAGGAUCGCUCGUGGCUGCAGGCACACCAAGCAGGCGCGGCAGAGGCAAGGCCAACGGCUUCGCUGGUGGGGUUGUAGUCGAGGAUCGCCGCGUUGCCAGUGCUGUUGGCGACAAGGAGCUCUCAGAUGCGUUGUCGGGACCGGGCAUGACUAUCCUGAGGGACAUUCUGGAGAGCAGCAAUUAA